AUGGCGACUCUCGUUCGUACACAAGUCGUACAGCCCGCUGAGCAGGAUGAAAGCCUUCGAACGUCCGUUCCGAAACCAUUUCCGAGCGCAGAAGAAAGAGAGCAACUACUUCAGGAAGCACUUUUAGAAGAACUUGCUGAGGAGCAAGUAGAGUAUGAAGCCUGGCCAAUGGGCGCGUAUCGCAAAGCACGCUGCGAUCAGCAGCAGCGCUACAUAAUCCCAAUUUUGCAGACAGUUAUCAUACCAUCAAUCACUGCCGUUCAGACUUCGUGUCUCAUGACACUCAAUAACUUGUUAUCCAUCCCUACAAGAUGGCAGCCAAUUGUCCCAGACAGGCGCCACUCAAUGCCAGCCUCUAUGCACCGUGAGCAGGCGCCACAAUCAUACUCAGCACUUGAGACACUUGUGUUAAAUCUCAGAAAUCAUGACGGUGGGGAGAUAUCACACAAAGUCCAGGAUGACCAUACAACUCUCCUAGAAGAACUUAGGGAUCGAGUCGAUGCUCUAGCGCCUUCGAUGAACCGACAGGAUGCACAUUUUGCGCAAGUUAUAGUGUCCCUCCUUUUGGACUUGGACCAAUUGCCUGCAGUUUCUCCUCCUUUAGAUUCAGCACCUCAGGCAUCUUCUUCCGCUUCUCCUGGCCUUAUCGAUCGACAUCCCCCUGAACUCAUAAGCACCCUCAAAGCAACUUGGCGAUCUACAACUGUACAAACCGCGCUGCUUUGGUCCAAGAUCGACCGCAAACUAGAAACAGUAACAGCACUUUGUAAAGAUCGCGCCGAUUCCCACCGUCCCUCCCCCCUAGAUCACCUCCCCCCUCAAUAUGACCACGUAGACCACGACUUCGAGACACCCCCGGAAUACGAUGCUGGAUAUCAAUCAUCUUCCGAGAAGGCUGGUAUGCAUCCACCAAGGUCGAUACCAUCUCCCAGCAUCUCUAACGAGAAACUGCGCAUGGAUUUUGAUGCUGUGACGCUGGCAAUCGAGCGUCUGUACCUCGUUGCACCCCAGCUACACAACCAACGAGUGGAGUUGAAGAGCUCCAAGCUCGCCCAAAUGGAGCGCGCACGACUUGAAGGUUCUAAAGUCCAGCCUUCCAUAGCUAAGGGGAAGCAGAAAGCUCAUGAUCGGGAUAUGCGCGACCUUAACCACAUGCUUGAGCUCCUCGGGAAAGCAUCAGACCGCAAGUUGACCGAUCAGUCAGUUAUCAUGGAUAGCAGACGGAUGAUCAGGCUCAGGGAAGCAAAACAGCAGUACGAGGAUCAGCGAGGCGCAUUCGUCGAUCAUAUUGUCCAACGUUCGGGAGCUGGGAGAUUACAUGAUCAAGAUGCCAUCUUGCAACCCAAAGUCAAAGCACUGGAUGAACUUGUCACGCUCCCGGAGUUCAUCCGCGAAACAAUGUUGAACAUUUCGACAAGAGGCCACAAGAAGUCACGCAGUCGAAGUAUAUCUGCCCCACAAUGGUUGCGCCCUGCAGCGGAACUUAGCCGACGGCUGUCUAAGAGCUCCAGCAGACCGAGCUCAUCCCAUGGACAGGUCCAAUCUGGAACAGAACAGCAAGGGGGUAUCGCACUCGAUGUUUCCUAUGUCGCCGAAUAUCACGAGACCUUGAAACAUGCUGAAGUGUUGCCAACUUCGUCCAGUGGGACAGAUGGCGACUGGCUGGUGAUUAGAAGCUCUUGGGCCUCCUCGCCUCCACUAAGCCUGCCUGUCCGAGUCGCUCCAGGGAAGAAGGAUGCCCAAAGUCGUCAAGGACACUACGAGCUCAAAAUUGGGAUUGCGAAUUCGCAGGCUGCGAGGUCUUCUUCACCCGAUGAACCUACCCCAUUGGUGUCUGCUGAGCAACUCGUAUCGUUGAAGCCGACAUCCUGGUCCUGCAUAUCCUGCUCUCUCCCCCUCGUCCACAUCCCAAAGUUGAUAAAAUACCGCGACCUCCCAUCAGAACAUUGGGAAGAACUUGUCGAUUCCUGGAUCCGGAGGAGAGCGAAGCUCUCGUUGGAUGUGGCUACAUCCUUUUCCAGCAAUCGGCAAUUGUAUCCAAUAAUCUCUCCUGCACCGAGCAGCCUCUGGUGGAUAUUCAUUUUCUAUCGAACUCGUGUUAUUGUAGGACGAUCAAGAAGACCGACGUUGGGCUUCCGCCAGCGGCCGCUAGUCGAUCGUCGGUGCUCUGCUUCGGGAGGCACUGGGGCGACGAGCUGGGUCGGUGCUGUGGUGACGCCUUCAAGUGGUACCACCCAUCCGAUAGCACUGGCGGCACUGAUGAUGAGGCUUCCUCUUCCCCCUGGGAUGGAAGGGGCCAUGGACGACUCCGAUCCGCUCGGGUACAUUGACAUGGAUAUCCAGGACUGGAUGACCUGCGGGAAGAUUUCCGUCCAAACCUCAAGGCACGCCUCGUGGGUUGGAUAGAAGCGGGCCGAACAAUCAAGGGAGGGUUUCGGUGUUGUUGAAGGUGUAUACUGUGAUUUUGGAGAUGAUGACAUUCAUGGGUGUGCCGGAUAUAGUGGAUGAGAUGACGAGAUAGUAGGUGCUAAAGGCACUUUGCAUGAGAAGAACUUAAACGACAUUGUAAUUCAAAACAUGCUCGAGACAAAAUAAGAGUUGUCAAAGGGAUUGAAGGGGGUCAGCUUGCGUCUUUUGCUCGCUGCAAU